AUGAGUAUCUGUUUGGGAACAAGACUUACAAUACUUCAAAUUAUCAAGCACUUACAAGGCAAAAGAGAGGAAGAAGAAGCCCAAUCUAAUGGCUUUGGUACUUCCCUACACCUUCAUUUAAAGGUGUUCAAUGACCCUAUCCAUGGCCACAUAGAGUUACACCCUCUCUGUGUGCGUAUUAUUGACACUCCGCAGUUCCAGAGACUGAGAUAUCUGAAACAGCUCGGUGGCGCCUAUUAUGUCUUCCCAGGAGCAACACAUAACAGAUUUGAACAUUCCAUAGGAGUCUGUUAUUUAGCCGGCAGACUGGUCAGAGAACUAAAAGACAGACAACCGGAAUUAAAGAUAACUGAACAGGAUAUUUUGUGUGUGCAGAUAGCAGGUCUCUGCCAUGACUUGGGUGAGUUGUACAAACAGUAAAUCCUCAUUGCUAAGGCUUCGUUCACA